AUGGAGGGGUCAAUGAAGUUAGAAAAGUAUCAAGAAAAAUCAGUGCUUUGCUCCCCCGCCAAGGAGUCAGGGGACCUGGCCCGCUGGCCGCCUGUGACCAGGGACCCUGGGUUGGCUUUGGUCUCCUUGUUAUCAGGCAACAUUUCUCUGUUGAAGCUGUUUGGGGUCACAUCUACCUCCUCUGCCAUUUUUGGCCUAGAAACAGAUAUUGACGACAGGUAUGGAGAUCUCGACGCCAGAGGGGAUUCUGAUGUUCCUGAGAUCCCACCAUCCUCAGACAGGACCCCCGAGAUCCUCAAGAAAGCCCUGUCUGGACUGUCUUCAAGAUGGAAGAACUGGUGGAUCCGAGGCAUCCUCACUCUGACCAUGAUCUCCUUGUUUUUCCUGAUCAUCUAUAUGGGGUCCUUCAUGCUGAUGCUCCUGGUUCUGGGCAUCCAAGUGAAAUGCUUCCACGAGAUCAUCACCAUUGGGUACAGAGUCUAUCACUCCUAUGACCUCCCGUGGUUCAGAACCCUGAGUUGGUACUUUCUCCUGUGUGUGAACUACUUCUUCUAUGGAGAGACGGUGGCAGAUUACUUUGCUACGUUUGUUCAGAGGGAGGAGCAGCUACAGUUCCUCAUUCGCUACCACAGGUUUAUAUCCUUCGCCCUCUACCUGGCAGGUUUCUGCAUGUUCGUGCUGAGCUUGGUGAAGAAACACUACCGCCUGCAGUUUUACAUGUUCGCAUGGACCCAUGUCACUUUACUGAUAACCGUUACUCAGUCACAUCUUGUCAUCCAAAAUCUGUUUGAAGGCAUGAUAUGGUUCCUUGUUCCAAUAUCAAGCGUCAUCUGCAACGACAUCACUGCUUACCUUUUCGGAUUCUUUUUUGGAAGAACUCCCUUAAUUAAGCUGUCUCCUAAGAAGACCUGGGAAGGGUUCAUUGGCGGUUUCUUCUCCACCGUCAUAUUUGGAUUCAUUGCUGCCUAUGUGCUGUCCAAACACCAGUACUUUGUGUGCCCAGUGGAAUACCGAAGCGAUGUCAACUCUUUCGUGACAGAAUGCGAGCCCUCAGAACUGUUCCGGCUCCAGAGUUACUCCCUCCCUCCGUUCCUAAGGGCAGUGUUGAGACGGGACACGGUGAGCAUGUAUCCCUUCCAGAUCCAUAGCAUUGCGUUGUCAACGUUCGCAUCGCUGAUUGGCCCAUUUGGAGGCUUCUUCGCCAGUGGAUUCAAAAGAGCUUUUAAGAUCAAGGAUUUUGCAAACACCAUUCCUGGACAUGGCGGGAUAAUGGACAGGUUUGAUUGUCAGUAUCUGAUGGCGACGUUUGUGCACGUGUACAUCACAAGCUUUAUAAGGGGUCCGAAUCCCAGUAAAGUCCUGCAGCAGCUGUUGGUGCUCCAGCCAGAGCAGCAGUUAAACAUCUACAGAACCUUGAAGACACAUCUCAUCGAGAAAGGAAUCCUGCAGCCCACCUUGAAGGCGUAGCUGCCCUGAGAGGAUGGACUGCCAAGGAGGAGCCCUCAGAACAGCUCUGAAGUCUUGCGCUGAGCCGGCAUGGAGCUGAAGAGGCGACGGUUGCAGGUUUUGCAGAUAUGAAUGUCUUUCUCUGAAAUUACUGUGAAUAUUUAACAAACUCGUGAUCUAACUGAUGAGUGCAUAGCAAGUACCCGCCCGUGAGAGAUCCGCCCUUUUCUAAGAUGUUUUCCCAUGUUAACUUCUCUGCCCUCACAUGCUGGAUUCUGCAGUUUAGGAGACUUGUGUUUUAAAGAUUCAAACACUGUAAGUUGAGCUCCUCUGAGGUUGUGCCUGGCAGUCAGCUCUUAUGCACAAACAUUGUUGGGAAAUGCCUCUCUGUAGCCUCAAGGCUUGCUGCAGGCAUCGUGGGGAGCCAGGUCCUGGGGCUCCCUCCUCUGAGAGACUCAAGUAUUUCUGAAGGGCUGAGUUAGAUUAAAAAAGAAAGAAAAAGAAUGAUUGUUCACUUUUUUUUCUGUUUUCUUUUCCUCCUUUUUGUUGUUUAUUCAUGGUACCGGGGAUGGAACCCAGGGUCUUGCACCCACCAGGCAGGCGUUCCACUCCUGGGCUCCGUCUGGGAGACUGCCUAAUUGUCAGAGAGGUAACAGUCUGCUGAGUGGAAACGUCCUGAUUUUAAGUAGUUUCAGAAUUCGGAGGCUAGAGGCUGAAACCUGUGCCUCUUUUGAUUUGUCCAAAAGCAGGUGUGAGCAUCCACUUCUGACUAAACUCUUUAAAACCAGAGCCAGCUUCCCAAGAGACCCAGAAGUGGCGCCUCAAAAGCUGCGGAAAGUCAUCCGGUGGCUUGGUGGUAACCUGUGGAUCUUAGUUCCCUGUGAACUGAUUCCCUGAGUCCCAUGGGGGUUGGGGCUGGGGCGGAGCCCUGGCUGGUGCCGAGGUGAGGGGCUGCCUCCUGCUCUCUGUGCACCUCACCUGGGAAGAAGACCCAGGCCCCUGCCAACUCCCUGCUGGCAACUGUUCUUCCCAUCAUGUCGUAAAAUCCAAGCAGAAAUUGUAGCCAUUAAGAAGAAAAGCACAUGAAUGCCAUGCCUCCCUGGGGUGGGCCGGACAUUGUCACCAGACUGGAGGACACCUAAGGCCCUGGACAUAGCUCCUGUACGCACUCUACAGCCAUCUUAACAUUGCGCGUUGUUGGCCACCCUCAGCCAACGCCUAGUUCUCCACCUCAGUGUUCAGGGGGAGAAAUAGAUACAUUGUAAAGGAUAUUUUGGUAAUGAAAAGAGUAAAUAUUUUGUUUAAAUUAGAAAUGAAUUUCAGUGAUCACACAUUCCCUUCCUGCUGUAGAUGUGCCUGUGUUCUGAGGCUGCGCCUCCAGCCACCGUGUGUGCUCUCCUCACAUGGUGUGUGUGCCGAGCCUAGCAGAUGUGGCCCUCAGCCCUGAGAAUGCCAUCACUGUUGGGUCUGGUCUCUACUAGGUGACUUGCGACCUGGGACUGCACCAGGCCUCCAUUGCGUCCUGCCUCUGCCUCGUGACGGCGCUGCCACGGCCGAUGGCUUUUCAGUCGGGCCACCUGUGAAGUGAGUUCUGUUGUCCCCCUUCCCACUCCAGAGAAACAGCAAAAAUCCUUGUGAUAGGAAGAUGCACUGAGCGGCUUCAGGACGACGUUGAUUCCCCUCGCCCAUCACGGUCCUGUGGCAUUGGUGAGGUGUUAUAAGACAGAAUUAGGGAAGCAUUGCUUACUCAUAGGUAUUAAAAGUCAAUAUUCUCCUAAACAGAGGAUGGAAUUAGGACCAUUGGGGUUACAGUAAAAGCUUUUCUCAAUAGACUUUUAGAUUGUAUACAUUUUGCCAUGUAAAAAGUAGGUUCCCAAUUUUAAGAAAGCUCUGAAGAUUGACAUUUCUAGUAUACUUUUAUAGCAUGUAUAUUAAAAUGGACUAUAUUUUAGCAAUCACCGGCAGAGCCGGACUCCAGUCAGCGUUCUAUUUGCACCAGAAGAGGCUUCAGCUACUGCAGAAUGUGGUGGACAGAUGAGAGCUGGGGACGCCUUCCACAGUGAUGCGAACCUGCUGUGUGGUACCCGCUGCUGUCCUCUUCCACCGUGGGUGGUGCACACUCGGUCUCUGAGAUUAAAGACCGCCCCCUUUCUCUUAGCCUUCUCUCCUCACUCGCACUUUGGUUGGACGCAGGUAAUGCCGCCUCCUUCAGUGAAGAGGAAAUGGUAGCAACACUGUAUAUAAACUGUAUAUGGGUGAAAGUUUAUGAUAUGUGUCAAUCAGUUCUCUGAAUCUUUUUACUGAAACUGAGAUAGAAAAACAAUAAUAAUAAAAAUUCGAUGGUAUUUUGA